AGUCAUAAAAACCCUUUUCAACUCACUUGUUCUUUGCCUUCUAAUUACCUAGUAAAACUAGCUCAGCAAUUCUUUUCUUUUAUAUCAAAACUUACUAUCACUUCUAUUCCUUCUUCAAAUUCUACAUUCAAAAAUCUUUCUGUUAUACAUCCAUAUCUGUGAGACUUCCCUCUUAAAUUCUGAACCACUUAUCCCUGUCUUUAAACCACUUAUCCCUGUCUUUGAAUCCAUCUCUCUGCUGAUGGCUGGGGGAUUUUUCAUUCUUUUUUGUCUCCUCCUUGUCCUGCAAUCUCUGGGAAUGAAGACACAGUGGGUGCACAAAGAUUUAAACUCUGGUUCCUAAUCAUGUACAUAAGCUUGUAUCACUCUCUGUGGGGAAAAAAAAAAAAUCACUCCUGUGGUGUUUCUAAGAGAUAAAUAGGUAUUUAUAACAUAAUUAAAUAGCAUUUGGGAUUAAAUUGUGGAACUCAUUUUAACAGAGUAUAGAAACAAUGAAUGAAUUGUACUCAAAACUGGACAAAAAGACUGAAAAGAUCAAGCAGUGGAAACUGUGGAAUCAGAACUAAACCAGAAAGUGCAAGAAAAUAGAAAGGUUAUUGAAGCACAGCAUAAAACCAUUCAAGAUACAAUCUACAAUAUUGUACAAAAUGCAUUGAAUAGGUGAAGGGAAAAUGCUUCUUGAUUUAGCAUGACAAUAUCACUAAUACAAUUAAAUAUUAAAGAAUGUUGCAUGUUGAUUUUUGCAUUGAGAAAAUGAUUAUUCUGAGCAGGGGGGUGCACCUGUCCUGUGUGAAUGUGUGGAUGAAGAACCUGCAAGUGUCCAGUCACUGGGAAAUUGUUGUUUAUUGUUCUGCCUUCCCUGCAAAAGAUGACUCAGCCUGGAAUUCUAGAUAAAACACACUUCUGCCUUCUGAUAAACAAAAUUACUUUUCCAUGUGAGAUUUAAAAAACAAAAGUGUAUUUCUGAUAUAUUUUUCAAUAAUGACGUGGUUUCCUGUUUGUUACCUUUGGAAUUCGUUUGAAAAUGAAAACCUCAGUUUAAAACUGGAAGAUGACAUGUGUGAAAAGAGAGAUCUCUUGGAAGAGUAAGUAAUACAAACAAAUAUUUUUUUGUGGAGCAUUUUCUGUUCUGAGAACUGGGUUGGUGUGAACAGAUAUGUUUAACUGUUAAAUUGUAAAGGUCAUUGCAUUGUUAAUCCUCAGGCCCACAAAGUUUGUGCAUUCCUGUGACACAUAUUAUGUUUUUUCUCUCUUUUAGACUUCAAGACUUCAAGGAAACCUGUAGUCACUUCACAGAGAAGUCCAGCAAAUUCUCUGCAGGUCAGCAGGAGGGCAACCAAAGAAACAGAUCCAUAAGCAUCAGACUGUGGAUGAUGGAUUUUAGGAAACUGUAUGGAAGAAGCCUCAGGCACUUACAAAUUGUGACACUGGACUCCAUUGUCCUGCCACAGUGUUUUGUCUUGCUGCUCCUUGGGAUCUCACUCCCAUCAGAGAGGGGUGCUCAGACACUGAACCUGCCUGUGGUGGUCUCCAGGGUGCACAAAUCCAGCUCCAACUGCCCAAAGCUCAUGAGUCCCUUCUUUGUGAUGUCUCUCCUCCUUGGCCUGAUUUUUGGACAAACAGCAUCGCUCUGUGCUCCUUCUGAGUACACAAUCCACGUGGAGAAAAGGGAAUGUGCCUAUUGCCUGGCCAUCAACACCACCAUCUGCGCUGGAUUCUGCAUGACUCGGGACAGCAAUGGCAAGAAGCUGCUCCUCAAGAGUGCUCUGUCCCAGAACGUGUGCACGUACAAGGAGAUGCUGUACCGGACAGCGGUGAUCCCGGGCUGCCCUCACCACACCCUCCCCUACUACUCCUACCCCGUGGCUGUGAGCUGCAAGUGUGGCAAGUGCAACACUGACUACAGUGACUGUGUCCGUGACAGGCUCAGGACAAACUACUGCACUAAGCCACAGAAGCUCUGUAACCUGUAAAGCUUUCAGCAGUGAUCUGCUCACACCUGAACUGAAAUAAAACUGUGUUUCGUAUUCGGUUU